UGGCGAGGAGCUGCCGGAGCCUUUGCGAUCUCCGCAGAGGAGACGGGAGCCCCCGGGUGGGCAGGUCGCCUAGGCUGGGGAUGCCUGGGCAGAUGUGGAGGCGGCUGGAAAGGUGGCACUGCUGGCGGGUCGCACGAUCUGCCGCCGUUCCUAGGCGACGGCGAGAGCAGCAAGCCUGCGGGGGAGGGGGAGCAAGUGGGUUGCUGCUUUUAGCAGCUGAAAGGGCUGCAGGGAGCUCUGGGUAAGACAUUUUCUGCUGCUGCUGCUUCUGCGGUAGAAGCUGCUGCUAGUACGGCAGAGGAAGGAGGAUCGAGAGGGAGGAGGCUUCAUUUGCAGCCAUGCUGAAUCACUGUUGCUGAUCAGAUCUCCCGCGGGUUGGCUGGAGAACGGAGCUAGGAGCCCUGGGUGUCUGCACAGUUCAGCGACUGCCACCCUGGCUGGGCCUCGCACAAUGGAGGGCGAAAGCAUCAAGCCGAGCUCCCAGCCCCCGAUACAGACUGGGGAUGAUGAGAAGAACCAGAGGACGAUCACUGUCAACUCUGCCCACAUGGGGAAGGCGUUCAAGGUUAUGAAUGAAUUGCGGAGUAAGCAGCUGUUGUGUGAUGUGAUGAUUGUGGCAGAAGAUGUGGAGAUCGAAGCCCACCGCGUGGUCCUGGCCGCCUGCAGCCCUUACUUCUGUGCGAUGUUCACAGGUGACAUGUCUGAGAGUAAAGCCAAGAAGAUUGAAAUCAAGGAUGUGGAUGGACAGACUCUGAGUAAGCUCAUUGACUACAUCUAUACAGCCGAGAUUGAGGUGACGGAGGAAAAUGUGCAGGUGCUGCUUCCUGCUGCCAGCUUGCUGCAGCUCAUGGAUGUUCGGCAGAACUGCUGUGACUUCCUGCAGUCCCAGCUGCACCCCACCAACUGUCUGGGCAUCCGCGCCUUUGCUGACGUACACACCUGCACAGACCUUCUGCAGCAGGCCAAUGCUUAUGCAGAGCAGCACUUUCCAGAGGUGAUGCUGGGGGAAGAAUUUCUUAGCCUAAGUCUGGACCAGGUGUGCAGCUUGAUAUCCAGUGAUAAACUGACUGUUUCUUCAGAAGAAAAGGUCUUUGAAGCUGUGAUAUCAUGGAUCAAUUAUGAGAAAGAAACUCGUUUAGAGCACAUGGCAAAGCUGAUGGAACAUGUCAGGCUCCCCCUCUUGCCUAGGGAUUACCUUGUCCAGACAGUUGAAGAAGAAGCGCUGAUAAAAAAUAACAACACCUGUAAGGACUUCCUCAUCGAGGCCAUGAAGUAUCAUCUCCUCCCCCUAGACCAGAGGCUCUUGAUUAAGAACCCCAGGACCAAGCCCCGGACUCCGGUCAGCCUGCCCAAGGUCAUGAUUGUGGUCGGAGGCCAGGCGCCCAAGGCAAUUCGCAGUGUGGAGUGCUAUGAUUUUGAGGAGGACCGGUGGGACCAGAUCGCUGAGCUUCCCUCCAGGAGAUGCAGAGCAGGUGUGGUCUUCAUGGCGGGCCACGUGUACGCUGUGGGCGGGUUCAAUGGUUCCCUUCGAGUCCGCACUGUGGAUGUGUACGACGGCGUGAAGGACCAGUGGACGUCCAUUGCCAGCAUGCAGGAGCGUCGGAGCACGCUGGGCGCUGCGGUGCUCAACGACCUACUCUACGCAGUGGGAGGCUUUGAUGGCAGCACUGGCCUAGCGUCGGUGGAAGCCUAUAGCUAUAAGACCAACGAAUGGUUCUUCGUGGCCCCGAUGAACACGCGGAGGAGCAGCGUGGGCGUAGGUGUGGUGGAGGGGAAGCUGUAUGCUGUUGGGGGCUAUGAUGGGGCUUCCCGACAGUGCCUGAGCACUGUGGAGCAGUAUAACCCAGCGACCAAUGAGUGGACAUAUGUGGCAGACAUGAGCACCCGCCGCAGCGGUGCAGGAGUUGGGGUUCUCAGCGGGCAGCUGUACGCCACAGGUGGGCACGACGGGCCCUUGGUGAGAAAGAGCGUUGAGGUUUACGACCCUGGAACAAACGCCUGGAAGCAGGUGGCCGACAUGAACAUGUGCCGGCGCAAUGCAGGGGUCUGUGCGGUGAACGGGCUCCUGUAUGUGGUUGGCGGGGAUGAUGGAUCCUGCAACCUAGCGUCAGUGGAGUACUACAAUCCUGUCACCGACAAGUGGACCCUGCUGCCUACCAACAUGAGCACGGGGCGGAGCUAUGCAGGUGUUGCUGUGAUUCACAAGCCCUUGUGACCCCAACUCCCACUGCCAGGAGGUGGAGGAAGGGAGGUGCUGCUGUGCCUCAGAGCAGCAAGUCAUGGACUGGAUGCCCCCUGCUGCCGUGUGCUCAGGCUGCAAUGGAGUGAGAAUUGCUCUCCUUGGACUCGGCCACAUGGCAUCCCAGCACAAAGACUAGGGACCAACCUCCUGCUCCCCGAGGUGUUUCAGCCACUGCCCUGAGCAGUGGGUUCCUUAUAGCUUGGCAGCACCUUUGUUUUUUUGUGUGUUGCUACAGGGACAACAGAUAACAGAAACUCUGUGUGUGUGUGUGUG